AUGGAUGUACGCUUCCUGAUAGACACUAAAACUCGACGUAUCGUAUACGCUGAGGCCGGAAAAUUGUUUAUCGAUUUUCUGUUUAGCAUUCUUAAUAUGCCCAUCGGUUAUAUCACUAGGUUGCUGCUUAAAUGGCAAUCCACGAAGAAAGUUGGGUCAGUCACCAAUCUACAUGAGAGCAGAGAAAAACUGGGCGAUGAUGAGAGGUUUCCUGAGUGCGGAUAUAUAAACAUCUUCUCUUUCAGUAUGACGGGAGGUGGAAAGUGUUACGUCUGCCCGCAUGCUGGGCAGGAUUCUCACGAAACAACGACUCACAAUAUCAGCAACGAAGGAGAAGAGAAAUGUUGGUGCGGGCAGAAUAUGAACCGAAUCGUUGAGCUCCCUGGGUGUAGCGGUUAUGUAUCCCAGUCCUCGUUUCUGAUAACCGAUGAAUUGCACAUAACAGCGAGCUCUAUGGCCAACUCUAGAAAUAUACACACUCAGUUCAAUAUCAAUGAUUUUACAGACCUUGAAAAGCGUACGGUAUUUGUUGAUAGCGACAAGGCAUGUGAGCUUGCGGGGGCUUCCCUGGUUUCAAAAACUGUGUUGAAUGAUGUUUUCGGACAAGAGAUUUUCAAAGAUGAAAAUAAUUUAUUCGAAGCUGGGUUGUUCGAAGGUGGAAAUUAUUUAUCCGAAGCUGGGUUGUUCGAAGAAGGUCUUUCGAGUGAUGAUGCAUAA